AUGUCUACGUUCCCAGCAUCUCCAAGCUUCGUUCGUGAAGUUGCCGACUCAGAUUCGCCUUCAGCCGCUUCAUACAAACGCAAGCGUGGUUCUUCUGAGGAAUCAACCACUUCCAACAAGCGCAAGCGUAACUCAUCAGAUGAAUCCGAUUCGGAAGAGUUCAGCAGCGAAAACGAAGAAGAAGAAGACCUUGACGACGGAACGCCCGAGAAUAGUCAUGACAGCAGGGACUACACCGAUAGAAGAAGCAUUUGCCACCUCAAAGAUCUUCUCGAGGAGACGAAGACCUUGCCAGAAAGCGAUGAACGCAGCGCGAACAUCAAAGACCUUGAAGAGCUCACCAAAGCUUUGGACUCGUAUGACUUCAAAGGCUGCCGCAAAUAUCAGAAGUGUAUCGAUCAAAACGACCUCAAGGACAUAAUAGAAAUGGCCGCGGGCGAACAGUUCGUCGAAAAGCUGAUAAGGGAUGGACUGAGACGCGCAGAAUCUAAACCGCCAAAGAACGAGGAUGUUGCGCGUGCUCUGUCUUACUUCAUGGGUCCGUCCGGCGAAGCAGAAGUCAAGCAGCUUGUCGCUGCAGUAACCAACAAGAUGUGUGCUCUCGGGGAAGACAAUGAUGAGGAUAUUCUCAGACGCAACGCUGAGCCCGAGAUCAUCGAUCUGAUCAUCAACUGGAGGGACGAAGAGAGAAGGGCAGGGCUGGAGAAGGUAUUCAAGUUCAACAGUGCGCUCUGGUGA